AGGCUUCAGCCGAGGACAAACAAACAUGGCGGCCGGCUCUCCACACCGGAGCACUCGGAGUCGUCGAGUCAUGAAACAGCGCGGUCAUCCAGGGGAGCCAUCGCCAGGUCACGUGGUUAGCGCCGGCCACCCACAGUGAGCCGCGUCCGCGUGCGCGGAGCAGGUGCGGGCUGCACUCUGCUCCCGACCACUGAGGGUCGCUGUUCCCGGCUGGUCGACCACACCGUCUUCUCUGCGUCUCUUCUGACGCCGAGGGACCAGGAGAGCAGAGCGCAGACGCUCCACGCGUGUUUCUAUUGUUGUUGUUGUUUACGGCGAUGGUGAUGCCAAACCCUCCUGCGGAGCCACAGAGCGGUGCUGACGUGAUCAUCACGGAGCGAGCGCUCCCCCGUGUGGCGGACAGCAGGAAGUGCAGUGGUUGAGACGGUGCCCCGCGAGAACGGAAGUUGUUGUUGAUGGUGUUGUGUUGGGUUCUGUGGCUUCUCCCGAGCCGCAGCGCUCCGAACUCAGGUCGGACCCACCCAUGCGGUCACGUGAUUGAAGCCCAGCGCUUGACGCGGAGAGAAGUCGCAGGCGGACGGUCUCGUUGACGUCAUCGCCGUGUGUUGGGGUCUGACGACGCUCGGCGAGAGCGGAAGUGGUGAGCAGGGAGCUAUCCCGCCCCGCCGCGCGCUCUGAGCGGCUGCUCCGCUGCUUCAUGUCUCCACCCGUGUCCGCGGCGGCUGCGAGUCCAGCACCUGGUGACGGCCGCCAGUCUGGCGGGGCCCGGGCCGAGCCGUGCAGACGCCACCGCGGCGUUAGCUUAGCUGCUAGCUAGCUAGCUAGCCAGCUGCCUCGUCAUGGCCGCGAGCGGCGGCCAGAGCCCCGGGACGGCCCAGAUCAUCCGGCUGAACGUCGGCGGGACCCGGUUCUGCACCUCCAGGCAGACCCUGACCUGGGUCCCGGACUCCUUCUUCUCCAGUCUGCUCAGCGGGAGGAUCUCGACUCUUCGGGAUGAAACUGGAGCGAUCUUCAUCGACCGAGAUCCGGCGGCCUUCGCCCCCAUCCUGAACUUCCUGAGGACCAAGGAGCUGGACCUGCGCGGGGUCAACAUCAGCACUCUGCGUCACGAGGCCGAGUUCUACGGGAUCACGCCGCUGGUUCGCCGCCUGCUGCUCUGUGAAGAACUGGACCGCUCGUCCUGUGGCAGCGUCCUCUUCCACGGCUACCUGCCCCCCCCAGCGGUGCCAGCAGGUUCCUCGGCUGCCGGAGCCGGCGGCGCCGAGGGCUUCAGCGGCGUCGGCCCUCGUCCUCCUCCUCCUCCUCCGCCGCCUCCUCCUCCUCCUCUGCAGCCAGCACUUCCCGGACCUGCCGGUGGUGACGACUGUCCCAGACUGGGUCCGGUGGUGGACCCUCGGAAGGUUCUGAUCGUGACGGGGCAUCACAACUGGAUCGUGGCGGCUUACGCUCACUUCGUCAUCUGCUACAGGAUCAAAGAGUCCUCCGGGUGGCAGCAGGUCUUCUCCUCCCCGCACCUGGACUGGACCAUCGAGCGCGUCGCCCUCAACGCCAAAGUGGUGGGCGGUCCUCACGGGGACAAGGACAAGAUGGUGGCGGCCGCCUCGGAGAGCGGCAUCGUCCUCUGGAGCAUCCAAGAUGGCGGCAGCGGCAGCCAGAUCGGCCUCUUCGACCUCGGCGUGCCAGUGGACGACCUUUUCUUCAUCGGUAACCAGCUGGUGGCCACCAGUCACACGGGGAAGGUCGGCGUGUGGAACGCCGUCACGCAGCACUGGCAGGUUCAGGACGUGGUUCCCAUCACCAGCUGCGACACCGCCGGCUCCUUCCUGCUGCUCGGCUGCAACAACGGCUCCAUCUACUACAUCGACAUGCAGAAGUUCCCUCUGAGGAUGAAGGACAACGACCUGCUGGUGACGGAGCUCUACCACGACCCGUCCAACGACGCCAUCACCGCGCUGUCCGUCUACCUCACCCCCAAAACCAGUGUGAGCGGGAACUGGAUCGAAAUCGCGUACGGCACCAGCAGCGGGGCGGUGCGGGUCAUCGUGCAGCACCCGGAGACGGUGGGCUCAGGUCCCCAGCUCUUCCAGACCUUCACUGUGCAUCGCAGUUCAGUGACCAAGAUCAUGUUAUCUGAGAAGCACCUGGUCUCAGUGUGCGCCGACAACAACCAUGUCCGCACCUGGACCGUGACCCGCUUCCGAGGGAUGAUCUCCACCCAGCCGGGCUCCACGCCGCUCGCCUCCUUCAAGAUUCUGAGCCUGGAGGAGACGGAGAGUCACGGCAGCUACGGCUCUGGCAACGACAUCGGUCCGUUCGGAGAGCGAGACGACCAGCAGGUCUUCAUCCAGAAGGUGGUUCCCAUCACCAACAAGCUGCUGGUCCGACUCUCCUCCACCGGCAGAAGGAUCUGCGAGGUCCAGUCGGUGGACGGAACCACCAUCUCCUGCUUCACGGUGCGUGAGUGCGAGGGCUCCAGCAGGAUGGGCUCCAGACCCCGGCGCUACCUCUUCACGGGCCACGGCAACGGCGGCAUCCAGAUGUGGGACCUGACCACGGCCAUGGACACGGCCAGCAGGGCGGAGGAGAAGAGGAAGGAGGGGGAGGUGGGCGGCCCCACCGAGGAGGAGCUGCUGCAGCUGCUGGACCAGUGCGACCUCAGCGCCUCGCGCUGUGCCACGCCCAGCCUCAGCCCCGCCCCCUCGCUGCUGCAGCAGUCCAGCUCCAGAGACUUCCAGAGCUUGGGUCUCGCUCGCGGAGUCUUGGACGCCGCCGGCCAGAGUGCGGCUCAGACCCAGGACCCCCGGCUGUUUCCGUCUGACGACAUGGAGGACGGCGAGCGGAGGCCGUCGGCGCUGGAGCUCUGGUGCAGUCGCGGCGCCCCUCCUCACCCACGGCUGGCGGCCAACAGCCCUGACGUCCGGAGGAAGGUGGGCUCCCAGCCAGAGGAGGGCGACGGCGCUGUGAGAAGGAGGGGGGUGCUGGAGGUGAGCUUUCUUGGGAGGAAGCGAGGCCCCCCGGCCACCGACGGCAGCGACUCCUCCGCCAACGCCUCCCCUUCCCCGACCAAACCGCCGUCCACCUCCCCGCGCCACAGGAAGCAGCCGUCCGACGCAUCCAACCAGGACAGCAGCCUGUGACGCCCCCUGCUGGUGAGCUGCUCUCGCCAUGCAUCUCACGACUGACUCUGCCCGCGCUGGCUGGCGCCCCCUGGUGGGACGACGUGAGGCCUCGCUCUCCACUUGAAGACCUUCGCUGAGCUCAGCAGCUCUGGCCGUCGGAGCCGCCACUCUCCUGGCCAGAGAGUGAACGCAGGAGCCACAGCCGUCUGUGAGUGACUCGGUGUGAGGUCACAGUGAGCAGCAGCCACGUGUGCGCUCGCCGCCUGUCUCACUGUUGGCCAGCAGGUGGUGCUGCAGGAUCAGGCGUGUCCAUCACUCCGUCCUGGACUUGGGCUUCUUCUUCCUGAUGUUCCUCACCGGAGUCCCGGUGCCAGUGUUGCUCUCCGGCGCCACCAUCCUCCCGCUGCUUCUCUCACUAAAGCCAUGCAGCCACCAGAGCGUCUUGGUGCAGCUGGCUCCUCCUCCACACCAGGAGAUGAUGCGUCUGGCGUCACGUGACUUCAAUAAAGGCGCGUCCUCGAACCGUGUCGCUCUCCUCCUCCUCGUCUGGAUCCGCGGGCUCCGAGUCAGAGGGUCGUGUUGCGGCGGCGGCUCGUCCCCAUGAUGUCGGCGAUCACGUCCGUGACCUCUGACCUGUGACGUGUGCGCUCUUCUCUGCGGGGACACGAGCUCCAGACUCCGUCAGACUCCAGUGGUUCUCAGAGGUCAGAGGUCAGGGCGUGGGUCGUGCUGCUGGGCUCCUUAUUGAUGCACCCACUAGAGGCGCUGUUGAGUCCGGGUUAGUUGACCUUCCAGAGAGAGAGCGCGAAAGUGUGUUGAGGGUUGAAUUAACCUCAAUAAUUGUCAAUGAGGACGUGAUCAAUCGGUGGGAUGGAUCCAAGUGACGAGGCGGGUUGGGGGCGUCCCUCAGCCACGGGUCACUGAUCCCAGUGAAAGGUAACAGUGGGACCUGAGGCUCACUCACCACUCUGACUCGGCCAUGACUCUGAGGGUGUGUGAGUUGUGACUCCAGAGUCUGGCUCUUGAUCUUCUCUGGGUUCCUCUCUGACCGGACCGUCGGCGCCGCCUUCAGUCGCUGGACGUUUCUGCGGCGUCGGCAGAAGACGAGUCCAAGUCCAGAGUGGAGGCUCCAAGUGCCCUUGACUCUGCGCUGCGUCCUCACAUCCGCCAGACGGUUUACAGCGUCAGCGCUCGCCUCCUAUUGGGCCCCAAAUGACUCGUGGCGCUCCAAAUACAAACAGCCGGCGCCAUGGCAACAGCUCUCUCCUGGACGCGCGGCGCCUGGUCUCAUUGGACGGCCCGCUGCUAGCCUGCGAGUCAGGAGCCACGAUUGGUCCCCGGGGCGGAGCCUCCCGUCGGGGUGACGGGACCAAGUUGUGUGAAAGUGGCCGCUCAUUAAAACGGGACAUAAAGCUGUCGACGGCGGCUCUGACCCGCUGUAAUGAGUCUAAUACGAGACCCGCCGCCGUCCUUGUGGCGGGGAGAGGCGGCGCCACGUCAGCAGCUCAGCAUAUAAACAAGAGGGCAGGACGCCGCCGCCACGCCCAGCGACGGUGAGGCGGGGAGGCCCCGCCCCGAACCACAGCCUCGUAAACAAAGGCGGCAGCGACCCACCUGACCGGGCCCUCGGAGCCCGGUCCCACACGCCCACUGGCGCUUUAUGUCUGUCAGUGGAGCCCACGGGGUCAAGCCUGAGCUCCAGGGUGACAGCUAACUAACAGGUCCAGUCUGCUUCAGGUGAGCCAUGUGUGUUGGCUGGGGACAGGGGCACACCUGUGUGUGCGUGACUGAAUGACGCUGGACAGGAGCAGCAGUGCUUCAGUGUCUGACCUCUGCUGUCCCCUGGGUCUCCGGGCUCACGUCCCUGUUGGGCGGAGCCAGCGGUGAGGGCACCACCAAGCCUCUCCUUCUCUCUGGCUCAGGACACAAACUCCACCUUGAGGACCUCCCCGUCUGAGGUGAGGCCCUGGCCUGAAGACAUGUCUGCGGCCGCCAGGCGGCGACACGCGCUCAGAGGGUUCCGUCCCCGCUCCAGGACCAACGAGGCUCCUCCUCCUCGCUCACCACCAAGAAGACCAGCUUCUCCACGAAUCACCGCCAAUUGAAAGCAGGAAGGACCUUUGACCUCGCUGGCAGCACGUCACAUGACAUGAGACUCCAGGGCCUGUGACGUCACCCCGGCCCACGCUCCUCCUGCCCCGCCUGUCCUGAGGGUGGCGCCCCAGAGUCUGAGGACGGGUCGGGUUCAGGAGUCACCCUGGGCUCAACAGCAGACUGGACCGGACAGCCUGACGGUUCAGUCGGGUUCUGGGGGCCGCGAGUGAGUGAGUGAGUGAGUGAGUGUGUAUAUGGGGGGGUGUGUGAUCCUAAUUAAGAGUAACCAUGUGUAUUUGUCAGAAUGAAUUAUGCUGAUGACUUCAGCAGGCCUCGGCCUGCAGAGAGAAUUAGCAUACGACGGCUAACACACACACACACAGAGAGACGGGCGUGGCCUCAGAGGCAGAGCUGAGCCUGGGCGCAGGUGGAGCGG